AUGAAACCAUAAAAAGGAGCAUCAGAUGCUAUCAAGUAAAUUGGAGACUACACAAUUUGCAUGAAAGACAUUCUUGGGUCAGGGUCAUUUGGUGUAGUAUACAAAUGUACAGAUAAAUAGAACGAAGUAUGGGCAGCUAAAUAAAUUAGCAAAAAUUUAAUUAAUGGAAAGAAAGAUUACCUUGAAAAGCUUCUCCGCCAGGAAGUAGGAGUAUAAAAGUAGAUGAAAUCCGAAAAUAUAGUUAGGCUUAAAGAGUUUUUGAUUUCGGAUAACAAUUAUUACUUGAUUUUAGACUACUGCAAUGCUGGUAACCUCAAACAACAAAUUUAAAAAGAGAAAAAGUUUUCAGAAAACAAAGCAAAAUAGAUUAUGAUAUAAAUAAUGAGCGGUUUAAAAGAAAUGUAUUAAAGAUCAAUAGUACACAGAGAUAUAAAGCCUGAAAAUAUAUUAGUAGCUUAGACUCCUUAAGGAUUUGUUUAUAAAUUGGCUGAUUUUGGAUUUGCAAAAAUAUUAAACAAUCAAGAUAUGAUAAAAUCUUAAGUUGGAACACCUUUGUAUAUGGACCCACAAAUAUUGCUUGGAAAACCUUAUGAUAGCAAAUGUGAUAUUUGGUCAGUUGGAAUUAUUUUUUAUGAGCUACUUUAUGGAUGCACUCCUUGGCCAAGGGUAACUUCUCAGUACGACCUUUUAGAAAAGAUAAAAAAAAUACCAAUACGUUUUUAAGAGUAAAUAAGCGUAUCAGAAAAAGCUAAAAGUCUAAUUAAAAAAAUGCUUCAGAUAGAACCCACUAAAAGAAUUUCAUAUUAAGAAUUAUUUGAAGACAAUUACUUCUAAGCUCCUUAAAGCUGUCUUUUCACUCCUUCUACUCAAAAAGAAAUGCAUCCAACUAUUAGCGAUAAUGAAAUUUAAAAAGAUUAACUUAAUUUAAAGCCUCAGCAAUCAGAAAAAUAAGUAGCAUAAAAAAACAAAAAUUAAAUUUUCUAAAUGAAUGAAAAUAAAUUUCCUUCAAGAAAUGUAAAUGAUAAAACAUUUAAAAAUGAAAAUCAAAUUAUCUAAAAAAAUGAAAACUAAGUUUUAUAAAAUUAAAACUAAAUUUCGUUAAAAAAUGAAAAUGAUCAUAAAAAUGAAAACAAAAUUGAUUUAAAUUUAUAGUAAAAUAAUGAGAAUUUAUUGUCAUUAAAAAGUGAAAACUAAAUUAAUCAUAAAAAUAAAUACUAAUUUGAUUUAAAAAGUGGAAAUUAAGCCAUUAUAAAAAAUAUAAAUCAAAAUAUUGAUUUUAAAAGUGACAUUUCUGAGAAGACAUCUGAAUAAUCUGAAUAAAAUCUUAGUGACGAAAAUUAUGCAAAACUCUAUUAGCUCCUUGAAUUUUCAAAAUAAGAUUUUGAAUAGUUUAACAAGAGAAUGUUUACUUAUAAUUUUGGAUGCUUGGAUAAGACUCUAUUUUAAUAAUUUGUGCAAACAUAUUUGGGUAAAGGUGAUCAUUCUAUCUUUUUUGAUUUUAUAUUGAAAUUGAGCAUAAAAUAUAACUUGGUUAAGUCUCCAGAUAAUAAGCAGAAGGUGCUAUUAGAAGACUUAAUUUUAAUAUUUAAAAAAUAUGAUUAAAAUUUUAAAUUUUAUGUGCAAGAAUAUUUAAAAUCAUAGAACUUAAUUUAAAAUUUGAGCAGCUUCGACUCCUCUGAAUAAAAAAAAGAAAUCAAUCAGACAUAAAAGCUAUCAGUUAAUAUUCAAAGUAAUAAUUAUAAUUUUGAUUUAGAAAACAAAUCAAAUAAAUAAUCAGAAGAAGUUUCUAUUAUGUGUUAGGAAAAAAUAGAUCUAUAAUAAUAAUGUAUUCCUAAUCAAUCAAAAAAUUUUCAAAACUAGGUUUUUUUGCUCAAUGAAUAAUAAAAAAAUAAAAAUCAAGAAGAAUUUCCAAGCUUUUAAGGUAAUAAAAUUUGUUAAAAUUAAUUAAAUUUAAACAACAAUAAUAAUAAAUUCGAAAAUCUACUUGAGCCUAGUUAAAUAAAUUUAAACAAAUUUUCAUCUUUUGAAAAUAAUUCAGGAGCUGUAAAUUUCUUUUAAUAAAAAGAAGACUUUAAAGAAAAAUAAAUUAGUGAUCAAAUUGUAAUAGACAACAAUUUUACAGAUUUUAAAUAAGGAUUAUUUAAUUUUUAAAACUCAUAAAGCUCAUAAAAGAUAGACUAAGAAAUGCCAUGCAUGCAAGGAGUGAAUUCUAAUAACUUUGAAUUUGUCAUGAAAAGUGAAGCGAACUUUAAUAAUAAUAAUUAAUUGUUAGCAACUAACUUCUGUUUAUAAAACACAGAUAAAAGUUUGGAUCCAAAUAUCUUUCUAAAUUUGUAAAAAAAUGUUGAAAAUAUUCUUUAUGUAAAAGACUAUCCUUUAAAUGAAGAAGAUAAAGAAAUAAAUGAAAUAAUUUCUAAUAAAUGUGACAAAAUAGAAAAUUAAAAUGAAAAAAUUGAUUAAGAGACUUAAAAAAAUUAAAUUAAUAAAUUUUUAGAUCCAUUUGAUUGUUUGCCUGACCCAUUAGAAGAAUAUAGAAAAAAUAUAACCUAACAUUAAAAAAGAAGCAAUAAACAAAAUAAUAUUCAAAGCAUGAAUUAUUAGAUAAAUUAAGAUGUUGUAAGUGCUUAUUAAGUAGAAUUUAAUAACGAAAAAAAUACUCAAAAUUUGAUUGGAUAAAGAAAUGGAUAAGACUCUCAAAAUUAAUUUAGUCUUUAUGAAUACACAAAGAAUAAUAACUUUGACUAAAAAGAAAACCUUUUAUCAAAUAAUUUUGAAACAAGCUUAAGAAUAGCCAAUGAGAAUAACAAAGAAAAUAUAUCUGAUAAUAUACAACAACCUAGUACUUAUUAAAAAUCUUCUAGUUUAAAUGAGAUUUAAGCUAAACCAAACUUGAAUAACUUAAAUUUAGAUUAACCAAUAUUAAAAAAUUAUGUAUAUUCUCGUAAUGAAAGUAUAGCUCACUAAAGUCAAUCUACAAAUUAUCAGAGUUAAGCUCAAACUGUUUGGCAAAAUUCUAGCUUCCCUGUGAUAUAAAUCCAGAAGUAAAACUAAGACUUAAUUACGAAUCUUGCAUCAAAAGAAGCAGAAGAAUAAUUAAAAAAUACAUUUAAUCUACAAAGAAAUUUAGGAAACUGUAAAAUUGAUGCUAACGAACCACCUGAAACUAAAAUUCAAAACAAUGAAAAUCAAAUUUCUUUAUUUGACUAUUCUUUGAAUUUUGUUGGCUUAAAUAAUGAUAUACCUAAGAAAGAAAAUCUCAUAAAUCCUAACUAUAUUUACUUUUACAACAUAAACAACCAUUAAGCACCAGAUUUAAAUUUGAAUUAUAAUCAAUAAUAAUAGUAAAUAAUUUAGGAAUCAAAUUUAAAUAUGUAAAAUUUAUCACCUAGCAAUUUAAAGUAAAAAAAUGACCCUAAUUUAGAAGCCUCGCCUAGCAUCGGAGAAGAGGCAAGCUAUUUAGAUAAUCAAAUACUUGAAUUUACACCAAAUUACUUGUCAGAUAAGGGAUAUUGGGAUGAUGAUAUUGAUAAGCAAAACGAAAAAAACAUGAAAAAUCCUUGCUAGCAGAAAAAAAAUUUCAUUUAAAACCCUUUGCCCUUCUUACACAACCCUAACAAUAUUAACAACCUAAAAGAAUUAAAAAACCCAAUUUCAAAUGAUAGCUUGAGUUAUAUUCUUUUCAAUUGA